CGAUAAUUGAGAAGCUCGCAGGCGCCAGAUCUAUUCUAACCACGUCGCCCUCCUAUUCCAAGCGGCUAGCAGGCUCAUGUGGAGCCAGCAAAGCCACACACCGUCAUCGCGGGGUAUCUGGGAUUCCUUGUCUUCGAGGCCAGCUGACACCAAGGUAUUAUGCAUGUGGUACUCCGUACUUGCUAAUUCAAAGAGAGAGUGGUCGUCGAGGUAUGAUAUUCUGGAGACGUACUGUCGUUUCGUAAAAUACGACAUCCAAGACCGUGAUUUGAAGCAUGCAUACACAACGGGAGGUUGUUGCUGUGCUCGCUGCCAAGAACUUAAAGCCAGGCUCCAGUCGCCUUGAAACCCGAACUUGUCUUUGACUACAACCAUCUCAUAGUAUCCUUGGUCCCAGAUCUUACCGUCUUUGCACGAUGCGGCAGAGUGAAACCCAACCUCCGUUCCUUGACCCAGACGUUCAUGCUCUCUGGAGCGAAGCGAUUGAAGAGUUUCAGGAGAAGACCGGUGCUGAUGAGCAGAAUCUUCUCGCCGAGUUCAGCAGCAUCGAUGCCGAAAAUUGGGCCACAAUCUUCGAGACGAAAUUUCGAAAGAAUGAUAUACUCACCAAGGUAUCUCACGAAGUCGCCCUACGAAUGAAAAAAAUCCAAGGCUGUGUGAAUGUGAUAUGCUCAGCCUGUGACCUAACAAGCUCGGUAUUCGCCGCUGCAGCUCCUGCUUCAAUCCUGGUGCGAGGAUUUGCCAAAGCAUUUUGUGUAUUUGCAGAGAUCCAGCAGAGACAGGACGAUAUCAUUGCAUUUUUCGACUCUAUGGACAGCAUCUUCGCAGAUAUCUCGACGAUAGCCACCAAGCUGAGACACGAGGGAAAGAACACCAUCCUCAGGCGGAAUGUUAUGGCCAUAUUUUCAUGCGCCUUGAAGAUUCUCGGCGCAGCGAUUGCAAGUAGUAAAGGCAGGAUGAGAAAGGCUAUCAAAGACUUGUGGCAAGGUGGCAGUGAGCUGGAUGGACUGAUGGCGGACAUGAAGAAAGCCAAAGACAAUCUUGAUCGAGGGGUCAACUACGCUACAUUGAAGGUGGUCUACGACCUACAAAGCAAAGCCGACCGAGAAAAUCGAAACGACAUCCUAGACUGGCUGUGCAACUGGGACUACGAACAACGCCAUAUGGAGCUAAUGAAGGACAUAGAACACGGGAAAACCACAGGCAGUUGGCUAUUGAACUCCAAGCCGUUCCAGGAUUGGAAAAAUCGCCAGUCCUCUCGGCUCUGGUACACUGGGAAACCUGGCGCAGGAAAAAGUGUCAUUGCUUCCAUCAUUGUCGAAGAGAUGAAUAGAACACUCCCGAAGCGAACGCCCGGAGGACCAACAUUGGCCUUCUUACACCUGACCUACCGCCAAAACCCAAAGCCCACGAUCGACGACUUAUUAGGGGCUGUUCUAAGGCAGCUCGUGACGCGGAUCUCAUCACGAUCAAUCCCCAAUGCAGUGAUGAAAGCCUUCGAGGAGAAGGCUGCCAACGGUAAACAUAAUGGAGUAUAUUCCCCACCCGCGAAGGAGACAAUAAUCACUUUGAUUAAGCAGUUGGUUGCAGGGAGACCGUUCUAUGUGAUUAUUGAUGCCAUGGACGAGUGUCCUUUUGCUGUUCGGAAACCUCUGAUUGAUAUACUUUGCUGCGCAUGUGGUGAUGUCCGUAUCCUGGUCACUGCAAGGCUACUGGAGUACCAGGAUGAGCUGGCGGAGGGAUUUACCAGGGAAAUACUGGCGGUUCAUAAGUUCCUAUUGAUCAAGCUUCACAUGAUUGCUUUGAGUGAGCUAGAUACCCCUGAAAACAUUGUCGGUACCCUGCAAGAGCUACCAAAAGACCUAGAGAAGACCUUCAGUAACACGCUUGAGCGCAUCAAAAGCAAAAGAGAGAAUCAGCGCAGGCAAGCAAUCAGUAUCAUUGCCUGGAUGAGCUAUGCCUUCCGAAAUUUUCAGGUCAACGAGAUGUGCGCUGCGCUGACCUUUCAUACAAGCUUGCAUUUCGAUGAAAAUGUACUGACGUCGGUUUGUUGUGGUCUUGUUGUCGUCGAAACAGACAGCAUCGUCCGAUUCGUUCAUUACUCUGCCCAGGACUUCUUCAGAGAAAACAAAGACAGUCUUUUCCAAAGCGCCACGGAAACAGAAAGCGUCCACCUCAAAAUCUCGCAUUGCUGUGUCCAGUAUUUGAACCACAGUGCCCCACUAGAAACCCAGGCCGUCGAACCACUCAACCAGCCCGACGAUGCCGUUGUCCUAAACUCGGCAUAUCCGGAUGAUUCAAUACAAGCAUAUAACUCCGAUUAUUCUGCUGAUUUCGAUGAUUCCGAAACCUUUUCUGGCGUGAAUUCCUCCCAUCCAUUCGCAAAGUAUGCGGCAGAGUUCCUGCAUGAACAUCUCAAUCUCGUGCCUCCCGCCGCAAACAUUGAGUCAGUUAUUUCAUCUCUGGAAGACCUCCUAGAGAAUACGGUGAAGCGAAAGUUCUACUAUGCCUUGCUGCAAAGGGUCGAUUGCUAUCCUAUAAAAUCAAGAUAUCUUGAUCGUGGCUCAAGGCGUCGCUCUAACAGACGAUCACCUAUUACACCCCUUCACCUAGCCGUUUACACAGGGUGCCUUCAGCUCAUCAAGAGAUACAUCGAUGGUCCAGAUAUCAAUCAACUUGAUAAUUAUGGCCAGUCACCGCUCAUAGUUGCGUUGAAGCGCAAUCGGAGUGACGUUGUUGAGAUUCUUCUGUCUAAGGGAGCUUUGGUGGAUUUGUCGACCAGAAGUGGUCACAUGGUUCUCUUGUAUGUUGCCCAGCACGAUUUCAAGCGGGCAACCAACAUUAUCCUCAACAGCAUGCCAGCUCAGAAGAUCAAGUCGUCUUUCGCCGAUUUGGUAGUCAUUCUAGGCCUCCCCUUGAUCCUUCUGAUCGCGUUACUAAAACUCACGGCUCAACUGUGGAUACCCUCAUCUGACCCCGCCAAUACUGCCUCUGAGCCAUCUUGCCCUAAGGUGGACCAGCAGAAUGAUGUCUUAGACCGCUACCAGCGGCUUCUUGCCUUUACUUACAGGAACGAAGGUGGGGACCUAGAGGACUUCUUGAAAGACGAUCGUGAGAUGAGCGACUGGAAACAAGAGCGCUUGGGUGGAAAUAGUGACGAGUUCGGUGACGAAGACGACGACAAGGAUAAGGCCGGACCUCGAGACUUCCUCACAACAGCAUGUUUCCUUGCUGUUGAACUGGGUUACACUCACUUGCUCGAGGCUUUCUUGCAAAGUGGCAUUGAUCCUAAUUUGAAAAAUUACGAGGGCCAGCCGUUACUUCACCGUGCAGUCUUUCGCGAUAACCUUGGUGCUGUAAAGAAGCUGCUGGAACGGGAAGCAGACAUCGACCUCGAGGACGACAACAGGAGAACAGCACUGACUGCCCACGCACAAAAUAGGAAUUUUUCCGUUUUGAAAUACUUGCGGCACAAGGGCGCGAAUGUCAAUCACACCGGCAUGGAUGGUGUCCAUGAGCUCUACCGGGCAGCAGCUUUUGGUAACAAAGAUAUCAUGGAGUUUUUCCUGGAAGCUGGAGUCAAUCCCUCGGUUACCAAUGUAUAUGGGUGGACCCCAUUCCAUGAAGCAUCGGCCAAUGGACAUAUUGACUGUGUGAAGCUUUUGAUUGCGAAGAAGGCGAAUCAUUCUCCGGUGUCGGAUACCGGGCUCACUCCUCUGGACCUGGUGAACUCGGGGCAAACCCACUAUGACUGGCCUACACUCGGAAAAGACUCAGAACAUUAUCUCAACGGUCAACGCUAUCGAGACAAGCGAGAGGGACAAGCGGAGACCGACCGCAGGGAGGAUAUUCGGGGACUCAUUAGGGAUUACGGAGCAAUGACUUCAGAGCAACUAUACAAGCUCCUCAGCUAUUUCUUCUUGUUCUAA